GCGAGAAACCUCUCUGGACGGGAAUAUGACAGUGGGGCUGUUUUCUGUAAAGCGAAGGUGCGGUGGCCGAUGCGGUGAUAGGGUCUUUGUUAGAUGAGGAUUGCAAUUUACCCCACGGCGAUUGCGGCGCAUCAUAAGAGGAACAGGCUAGCGUACUUCUUUAUUGGGCAAGGCGCAGAUAGGUGAAGCAUGGGGUCAAACGUUAGAGAGGGUGGCGGCAGCCAAUGGCGUGCAAGCCCCGACCAUGCGCCAGCCGCUGUGCUCGAACGCCAGUGAGUAUGGCCUGUCGACGCUCCCUCGACACCACUCGUGUCCGUUUUGUGCUUCAUCGACAAACGUAGACGCCGGCGCUGCGAUUCACUCACUUGCUCGCAACGUAGCAUUCUCUACUCGAUUCGUGUUGCGCUCUAUUUGCGAUUGCCCCUCGCUGCUCGCUCGUUCGCGCCUGCCGCUCCCUGACGCCCGUACCCACUCUCGUUCGCGACCACCACACAGCAGUUGUUGGCGUCGCAUUCACCACGGCGCAAAGACAGCGACAAUAGGCCGCGCAAUAACAACACAGCCAUUGUCGCUAUACAUAUACGCAGCCGCAGCCGUCGGACAAGCCUCUUCCGCCGUCACCGCUGUUCAAGCCCUGCGCGUCUCAAACACAAGACGCUCCACCCGCACACCCUCUGGCUGUCAUGCGCACGGCACUCUGGUAGCAUACCGAAUACCUACCUUUCUGGACAAGACCCCGUCCCCGGCCACCAGCCGCAAUUCUCCGCCUGGAAUUACAAGACCACCGCCCCUGUCGCUCUUUCUCUCGCUCGCUAGUGGUGAGCAGCCGGCCUGUCACCACCACAUCGCGAACCACUCUCUCUUGGACUCGACCCGAAAUUACCUCUCUCCUUUUGGCUACCAAACACCACCCCAUGUCCUAGCGACCCAAGUCACUCUUUAGACGAACAGCUGGACUGCAGGCCAUCGUACCGUUGAGCGGAUACAUCCAUACAUACACACUUACGUGCAUACCGAAUAAUACCGAAUACCACCAACCAUGGGGUGCUGCGGAGAUCGCGAAAAGGGUACCACCGUCACGGAGGAGCAGAAGUGGACUUACAUUGUAAGCACUCGAGUGUGACAAUUG